CGGUGGCACAGAUCUGGGACGCAGCAUAUCGGGGAGGGACCAUAAGGAGACUGCAAGGAAAGAGGAAGGAUUUUGAGGAGCGCGUCGUUCGGUUGAAUCAUUUUUACAAACCGGUUACGCACGGAGAGAGCUUCAAGAAAGAUGAAUUCUUUCAUCCUGCUGUCGCUUUUUGCCACGAUCAUCGCCGGAAAGUCACCUCGGCUCAAAUUUGUCGUGCACGAGCCCUCCAGGUUCCACUUCAACAAACCGGAGAACUACAUCAGCAUGUACCACCAGGAAGGGAGCGACACGCUGUACGUGGGCGGCCAGGCGAUGAUCUAUGUGUUGACGUUCACUAACAGAGGGGUCCGCGACCUGCAGAUCCCAGCAGCAUCUGACCAGACUGCUAUUGAUACCUGCAAAGCAAAGGCUGCACCACUCGAGCUGGAGUGCGAUAAUUUCAUCACCGUCAUUCAGAAAGUAAACGACACAAUGAUAAUAUGUGGAACAAAUGCUGGAAGCCCCAGGUGCUGGAUGCUGGUGAAUGACACUGUGCUGACUGACGUCCAAGGCAACGGGCAGAUAGCGUCGGCCUCCGACAUCUCGCCACCCUACCCUUCCCAGAGGUCCAUCAGCCUGCCUGCAGAUGGAAGUCUGUAUUCUGCCAUGUCGUCGGUGGCGGGUCACGCCGGCUCCAUCCGCCGUACGUUUGGCUCCCAGAAACUCCUGAAGACGGAGAACGUUUGGCUGCUGAAUCCACAGUUUGCCGGUGCAGCCAUAAUCCCAUCUUCACUAAAGUACAAAGAGGAGAUCUACUUCUUCUUCAGUGAGAUCAACAAAACAGCCAGAGUGGACGAGGAGCCAUACAGGGCUCGCAUCGGCCGGAUCUGCACGGUGGACGAAGGGGGCAUCAAAGCCCUGCUGACGGACUCGUGGACCACCUUCAUGAAGGCGCGGGUGAUGUGCGGUGCAGGAAACACUCAGCAGCAGUACAACAACAUGAAGCAGGCGGUUGUGCUGACAGCGCAGGACAAGAGGGCCGGAGUUCUGUACGGCCUGUUUUCAAACGCAUGGGGCAGAACGGUGAUCUGCGCCUACUCCAUCGAAGAUAUCGACCAGGCUUUCUCCACGUCCAAACUGAAGGGCUACAGCAGUCCAUUCAUCGGCAGUCGCCCCGGGAUGUGCGUACGCAAAAACUCGACAGCGGGAGGUCACAACGACAUCAAGAACCUCGGGGUGAUCAGAUACCACCCAGAAAUCGAGGACGUGAUCCGACCUGUUGGUGUGGCUCCACUUGACCUGCCUACAGAUGACCAGAUCACACACACUGUGGCCGACAUCGUCCUGGCCGUCAAUGACGAGCACUACAGCGUCCUGUACCUCGGAACAGACCAAGGCAAAGUUCUCAAAGUUCUUCACACCAGCGAGGAAGUCUUCAUCAUAUCUCAAUACUCUCUGUUUCACAACGAGGGCCCCGUUCUAAACAUGGCCAUCGACUCUCCAAAGGGACACCUGUAUGUCGGUACAGCGAUGGAGGUCCAGCGACUGCCACUGGCAGACUGCGGUCGCUAUGGCGACACGUGCAGGGAGUGCAUCCUUUCCAGGGAUCCAUACUGCGGUUGGGAUCGGGCCAGGAGGAAGUGCAUCGCUAUCCCACCUGGAUACAACGUCACCACUGGGACACUCAUUCAGAAUCUGGACCAUUCAAACUCCUCGGUUUGUGGGGAAGCUGCUGCUCUGAAGCAGCGUCGCACUUCCCCUAAAGAGGUGUUGGUGCAGUCCAACACCACCAUCUUCCUCCCUUGCCCAGUGCACUCUUUCCACGCCACCUACCGCUGGGAGAAAGACAACUGUGUCAAGAACUAUCCCUGCAUCUUCUCUGGGGACUUCUGCGUCCUGGGGCCGGUUGUUGACACGCCUCUGAGGGAUGGCGUGUUCCGCUGUAUGGCCACCGAGGACGGGUUCAAGGUUGAAGUGAUCUCCUUCAGGCUGAGGAACGACGGCAGGCUCCUGGCCGCCUCCCUGGCCUCCAUCUUGGGGCCAUCGCUCCUGCUCGCCAUGGCUACCCUGUGGCUCCAUUAACCGCAGCUACCGCUAAUGCUAACCCCUCAUCCUUACUGGCUCCCAAUGACAGAGCGACAAGGAGCCUCUGUUAGGAGGUGAGGUUCGCAGAGCAUCGAAGGACGUGGUUGGGUUGGAUGAUGAAACCUUUUUUUCCAAAUCAAUUUUUAGUGAGUCUAGACGAUUAAAUUCUGUAUUUUUUGCAUAAAGCGAAAUACCUGCAGCUACACCUGUCUUAACAAGACCAGAACUGGAAAAUACAUUCAUUAACAAUCAGAUUAAAGUUAACAGGAAUCCAUGAGUUGAUGUCUCGAACUCAAUUCAACCAUCUUUAGGUGCUUUGCGAACUUUUCCUCUCUGACUCAAAACAUAUCGUAUGAGUUGGGCAAAAAAACACCAAUACCAGGCCAAUUCUUUUUACCAUUUCUCUACUUAUUUUCAAAUUGACUUGACUGUGCUUAUUUGUGAAUAUAUAAACCUUUAAUACCGCUCCUCAUCUAAUCAUUCAUCUCGAUAAACUUCAUUGGUAUAGCUCAUUAGUACUUAGAAAAAUGUCUGGUAUUGAGAUUUCAAAAGCCUUAACACUUCUGGGACAUAAACUCCUAAGCACAAUUUUGCAGUCGAGGCAGAAUACUGCAGCCUCGGUCGGACUUGGCGCUAUAAUUAGUGCAGCUGAGUCUGACAACAUCGCUGGGAGGAAGUGUCAGCUUUUUGACAGGAAGUAGGCGGAUGGGCAAGAGCUCAUUCUCGAACAUCACUGUGUCUCAGCACCUCCUCCUCAGACGAGGCAGUUUCUUGCAUCUUUUUAUCAGAUGGUAUCAGACAUCGUUAUUACGCCUUGUUCACAGCUUUGUCCGCUGUUUUUCCUUUUUACAUGCCAUCGUCUUUCCUCCUCCCCAGAGCAUCGGAAACAAAACACUCGCUCUUACAGGAUGUGUAAAACACAACAUCGACUACAGCUCCUUUGGAAGAGAAGUCACUUAAUAUAUUGCAGUUAGGAGCAAAACACAAAUUAAAUUCACCUCAAUUGACCUGAAAGUUUUGAAAUCUGGAUCUAGUUUUGUUGUGGAGAGACGGUGGUUGCAAGUCAUGUGAAAUAGCAGUGACCUUUUUGCUUAUUCUGGGUACGUCUGCAGCAGUGCAAAAUCCCGAGAGUCCGUCAGUUUUUAGGAAACAGAGCGGAGAGCGACAACAAGAGCUAAUCUGCUGCAAAUGACACCCAAUUUCUGUCAACCCGACAAUGCGUAAAGAUGUGAACAAGGUGUUGCGCUAUAGCAAUUUCAAUAAACACACACUUACAUACUCAUGAGGGCAAAUGAAGCUAAACGGAAACUGCAUAUUAGGCUUGCAUUUUAUAGUUUGCUUGGAGGAAAAAAAAAAAAAAAAGGCUUGUAUUUAGAUCUGUGAAGUGUGUUCUGUAUUUUAUUGCUCCGCAGCUGCUGAUUUCUACCAUUGCUGCCUCUGUACGUGACAUUUUGUCCUGAUCGUUUGGGUUCUUCUGCCAUAGUCUGAAUUUGAUAUGUAACCAUUGACUGCUUUGCCUCUUUCCCCAGGGACAUCAGUGCAAUUAGGCAAGAAUUUUUUUUUUUUUUUGUCAGAUCUCGAUGCUGUGAAACAAAAAGCUUGACAGAUUCCAGCAUGAUGCUCCGCUGAUGUGCAGCAGCAGCCACAACCGAGAGCAGUCCGCAGCAUCAUCCCAUAAACUCGUCUCUAAUAACAAACUUUAUGAAGACUAAGAGGGCAGUUUUAAGCUGAAUGUGAAAUGAGAGUUGCGUGACUGUAGCUGCAGUUCAACAGUCUUGAAAUGCCAAAAAAAGUAAAGCCAAACCUUCUGAAUACUGAUCAGCUGACUGGAAAAGGAGGCUUGUGCUGUGAUGAAUUAUGCAGUGGAUUAGCAUGUUCUCCAGAGCUUUGAGAAUUAUCAUUCAGUAGUGUUACAUAAAUCUGCCUUCCACAGUGGCAGAGAUGUCAUUAAUAGCUAAUAAGACAAUAGAGCCGGCUCGUCAUGCACCAUAUUAAAGAAUUUAUUUUACACCGUCAGGGAUAUGAGCGGCGAGCGUGUUCUCGGCUGUGGAAAUGUCGAGGUGCUGUCGCGUUUCUCACUCAGCCCGGUUGUGUGUUGCUGCUGGGGGAUCUGCUCGCUAUCUUCAUUGCACUGACGCGGGCGACUGACUGUGCCAAGUAAAGAAAACAUGAUGCAACAAAGCUAUGUUGAGCCAACUCAUCCUCCUUCUUAUGUUCACCGACAGAGUCCUUUCGCUCCUCACUUGGCGUAAUCGUAAACUCCUGAGCGUGUGUCGGUCAAACCCACAUACACAUACUUUGUGUGCAGGUCAAACAUGCAUACUGUCUUUGUGUCGCCGCCAGUGUGGAGAACACCAGCCACGGGUUAAGUGCUGGUAAACAUUUAGUCGAGGCUCGUAAGACAGAGACCUUUGGCUAAACGUUAACUUAACAUACACAACUAUAACCUCCUUUAUGCUAUAUAUCUAUAAUGCUGUGAUUGUUUCGCUGUGAUCAGAAAGCUGAUAUCACCAACCAAUAUGAGAGGAGGGGCCAGUCAGGCAAACACUCCUGUGCUGCGUCCAAAAUCACAUACUGUGCAUAUGUGUACCAUCAUUCAACAUACUUUUGUGCAGGUUGGGCUAGUUUCCAUUACAGUUUUGCACAAAAUGUAAGCGUUAUUUUCAAAAUUUCAAACACAUCUGCGAGAUGACCGCUUUCCACUGAGUGAUGUUAUGCGACUUCUCAUCUCACAAUAACAUAAAGGGAAGCUUGGCCAUGGAUGUUCAAAACAUUUUCAGGUUUAUUUCAUUAUUUACAAUCUAAGGCCACAUAGGUGAGUUAUACAAGUGGAAAGGCGAGCCCCUUACACGUGGGAGUGGCCACAUAUAAGGGAUUUC